AUGUCCAAGAAAUUAGAACAAAGUUGCAGCAGACAACAAAGAUGGUCUCUUCAUGGCAUGACAGCUCUAGUCACUGGUGGCACAAAAGGAAUUGGGUACGCCAUAGUCGAGGAGCUUGCCGGUUUUGGCGCGAACAUUUACACGUGCUCGAGAAACAAAAUCGAGCUCGACGAGAGGCUUAAAGAAUGGGAAGACAAAGGGUUUAAGGUCAAAGGUUUUGUUUGUGAUUUGACUUCAAGAACACAAAGAGAGGAGCUUAUGAGAAAUGUUUCUAUAGCUUUUGAUGGCAAGCUCAAUAUCUUGGUAAACAAUGCCGGAAUGACUAUGCUGAAGCGAACUUCCGACCACACGGCCGACGAUUUGGGCCGGAUUAUUGGAACAAAUUUGGAGGCACCUUAUCAUAUUUCCCAAUUGGGUUAUCCUCUACUUAAAGCUUCUAAAUCAGGAAACAUUGUGUUUAUAUCCUCUGUGGCUGGCUCCAUUGCACUUCCUGCACUCUCUGCCUAUGCUGCAUCAAAAGGUGCUAUAAAUCAACUGACCAAGAAUUUGGCCUGUGAAUGGGCCAAGGACAAUAUUCGAACAAAUACAGUGGCACCUUUUGGCGUUCGAACAGACGCUGUCAAGCAUCAACAGGCAUGUAAUCUCCUCAUAUGCAAAUAA